CGGAACACACCUAGGUUUUACCUUGCAUUAGAUUCUCACGCCGAAAUGAAUGACUUAAAGUCUUUAGCUACAUAUUUAAAUGUCCCAGUCGCAAAAUUAUCUGUAGAUCAAAAAGAGAAGAUUUUAGUGUGGAAAGAAAAAGAUGGGAGGACACUUAGAGGCCUCAUUUCUAUAGCAAAAUAUUUGUCUAGAAAUUCAUCACACCAUAAAAAGUUUACAGGAGAAACUAUUGAAGAAAGAGCAGCAAUUGACCAAUGGUUGGAAUACAGAUUGAACAACAUUGACAGAGCUCAACAUGAAAAAGAUACUAACACAUUUAUAAAGGAUAUCAACACAUACUUAGAAGAUAAAGUGUAUUUUGUUGGUCAUCACUUGUCACUAGCAGAUUUUCUACUUUAUUAUGGCCUACACAACUUAUUUAGAGAUUUAACCUUUUAUGAAAAACAGAAAUACAUGCAUUUAUCAAGAUGGUUUGACAAUGUUCAGCAUGCAGAAAAUGUCAGACAGACACAGACUUUGAUACCAUUUCAGAAAAAUAUACUGUACUCUGGAUCAGCACAUUAACAUCAUCUUAUUAUUAAUAAAAUUUGUUUUGUUUUA